GCUACGACAGAAGGAUCCAAAAUCGGGAAGCAGACAGACACGGAGCGAAACUGACACAAACAUUCGCAACAACAACAAGAUAUGUGAAGUGUGUUGACAAGAAGAAACUCUCCACCGACUGCAUUCCAGCACGAUGACUGUAGAACAAGUAAUCGAACACUCGGUAGGCAGACCCUUCCAUUCCAUUCAAGCAUAGCUUUUGCUCUUGUCAUUGCCAUAGCGAGAACACCGUAUCAUCCCACAGCAGCAGCAGCAGCAGCAGCAGCAGCAGCAGCAGCAGCAGCAACAACAACAAAACGAUGGAGAACAACAAUCAAGCGGCACAAGGCAAGAGCUGCAGCAACAGCGACCUCGAGAAGGAAGACGAAGAUAUUGAGUCCCAAAAAAUGGGAGUGGGAACACCAGCAGCUGCCGCAAGCGUCGAGCUGGUUCUCGUCUCUACAAACAAGGAUGCCGAGAGCGACGCCAAUACCAAUGUCAGCAGCAACAGCAAGAACAACAAAAACAGCAGCAGCAGCAUCAGUAACCACGGCAACGGUUCCAAACCCAUCGUCGUCGAAACCAUCAUCGACAGCAUCGAACACACCCCACACAAAGCCAUGCAUCCUUCCAUCCUCCCCCCGGUCACCCCCGAACUCGAGGCCGAGCACGCCCUGUUUUGCUCGCAACGAAAGGCGCUGGCCCUGGCGGAAACCGGCGCCGGUGCCACCGCAGCGGGCACGAACGGAAGGCCCGCCCCCCGCRAAAAUGGGCCCGAGCGGAGGUCGGCCUCGCGCUCGUGCUCGUGCUCGUGCUCGUCGUCUCCCAGCGUCUUGGGGGUCCCGGUCCUCCUCUGGACCUGCCUCUUGCUGUUUGCGGCGGGAACGAUUGCCUACGCGGUGGCCGUGGCCCUGGGAUUCAACCCGGACGGGAAGGACCCGCCCGCCCGGCCCGCGGCGGGGGGAGGYGGAUAGCACGGGUGCGGCAAGCGCACUGCGAACGACGGGGUUUUGUUCGAUCUCAUCGAUCCCGUGUGUUGCCUUGCCUUGCCUUGCGUUCGUUGCGUUUGUUGCCGCUUUGUUCCGAGACCGGUCUGUAUUCCUGGAUGUUGCCCAUGCACUCGAUUGGGUUGGAUUGGUAGUCUUUUGGAUUCGGCAUGCUCCGAAAAAGGGAUUCGAAGAGACGAAGUAUGCUGUGAUGCGCGGAGAGCAUCUAAUUCUUUGUUUGCUGUGGAAAAGGAAUGCACUGCGGCCCGGGUGCACUGCAAUGGACCACGACGCCAAGUCAGCUAUUAUACCAGGCCGGACAGCACCAUCUCCACCUUUCCCCCCCCGCUACAAACCCACGUGCAAGGAUGGUUGGACGAGGCAUUGUGCCAUUGUGCUAAAKUGGUGGGUUUAGAAACCAUUCAACGAAAGACGAGACGAGACGAAACAGAAUGAAUGGUUCGCGGUCGGUGUUGAUUUUUCUUUUUUUUUGCAGUGCGACGUGAUGACAGCACGGUGCUAGUUCCUUGUUGCAAACGGUGUGCUUCGAGUGCCACGAGCUAGGUACAAAUCCAACCCGGUAUGCUUCCACUAUGAGUAAGCAUUGCAAUGAGAACGGCUCCGCGAGUUGUUUCGACGGCGUCGUCCGCUGAAAGAUCGAAACGUAGAUUGCGUAGAUUAAACAAAUAAAGGAUAC